GUUAUUCAUGCUCCUUCUACGCACUAGCUCCCAGUUUCUCCUUCGAUCGGUUUCACUAUCAUAGAUUGGAUCAUCUUCGAUCUUCAUUCUUUCAAACAAAAAUAUUUCAAAGUACUGUACGUAUUAGCUGGGCAUGGUGAAAUUAGCGUCGGCGAGAGAUUGCCGGACUUACGGGCCGGGCUCGUCCGGUAAGAGAUCGGAGUACAUGAACGCCGGCCUGUACGUGUUCUCCACCAUUGUUCUGCUUUGUGGGUUCGCGGCCGAGCUGUCGCGGGAGCCCAAAUCCGGCCUCGUUCUCCUCCUCAUAGCCCUGCUGCUCGUGGCGGCCGUGAAUCUCCACGACCUUCUCGCCCACCUCGCCGGCAUCAAUUACCGGCUCUGGCUCUUUGGGUAUGAUCUCCAGCUCGCCCUGGUCGAGUUCGCUGCCCCGCUGCUUCAUAUACUCGGCUGCAUUUGCUCUUUCCUUGGAAUUCUUUUCCUUUUCAUUGAGGCAGAAAAAGGAAACAAUGAUCAUCAUGAUCAUGCAAUAAACUUGUUGAUAGCCGGGCCGGCGCUCUGGGUAUUGGGUUCAAUCCUCAACUCAUGCCAGAUAUACGAGAGAGCAGGCGGCCACCUUCAGCUACUUCAGCAGGGCGUCCACGUUCCGUUCUUGAUGGCCAGUUUGUUGUUUCUAGUGGCAUCCUUUCUCAUGUCCCCAGACACCCCAGCCCGCCACGAGCACGAUGGCAGGCCCCACCACCGCUUACUCGGCGGGACGUGGGUGUGGUUGGGCAUAUUUGGGAGCUUGCUGCUCUUCGUUGGCGGUUUGGCCAACGUCGUCAAAGUGUUCAACAUGCAGCAGAGAGACGAUGGGGGGACGACGGUGAUGAGGCUGGAGAAACUAAGGGGCGGGGCGCAAGAGCAAUUGUUGGCAAUGAAUCUUGAAUCAGACGGCCGCGGUGGGUUGCCUUUUAUUGUUAGGGAGGACGACGGCGAGGAGAGGUGGAGGAAAAACCGGCACUCCGUUGAGGAGGGGGGCCAACCGGCGGUAUCGAAUCCCACUCCGACUCCAUACAAAGACGUUCUUGUUGGUCAAGUGUGAUCGAACACCCAUACAUUUUCUACAUCCCUUUGCUCACUUUCUCUGCCUUCUUAAAUCCCUCCAUUGCAACAAAAUGUUAACAUUUAACAAAACAAAUGAGAUAAUUCUAUAGGGUCAAAAUAGAACCUAGUUUACCAAAACAUGCAUGGUUCAUUCUUAAUAUUAAUAAGAAAUAUGUACACUUCCC